AUGGCCCAAAGACGUUCUAACCCCAGGAAAGCAUCUCUCCCUGACACCGCCAUCGUCUCCCGCCGCAAACUACACGCCCGACGCGCCGACUACGCUCGUAGACGCGUCUUAUCACUCUCAGAGCCCUAUCUCCAGCUCGACCAGUCCUCUCACGCGUCUGGCAGUUCCCCGCCUUCCUCGUCGCGUCCUGUUCUCGUUCCCCUCCACUUUAACCUCCGCCGGCUUCCCUCCCGCAUAUUAUCCGGUCAUAAAGACAGUAUGCGCGAUGCAGGGCCCGGCUACGACGUUUCUAUUGGUAUGAAGCGCAAACGCGUCGUGAGCGGCAGCGAGAACACCUCCAACGCAAGAGGCGCCCGUUCUGCUAGCCGCGCAAAGCGCCGUAGAGCCAUGCCUGACUCUAGUGAAGAGGAGGAACGCGCGAGUGGAAUGGAUGUUGACGAGCAAGAGCGGUGGAAUCGUUCGGAUAACUCCGAGGAUGAGGAUGCCCUCGAUUCGUCCGAUAGCUAUCUCAUCAACGAUGCACCCUCUCGUCAACUUCUCCGCUUGCGAAAGGACGAACUUGUUCGUCUCUACGAAGCUGCUGGGUUAACCGAAGAUGCAGACCUACUCACCAAGCCGGAGAUAGUGGACUGCAUCAUAGCCGCCCGUGACGAUGUCGCAGAUCUCCCUCCCUCUUCCCCUGGUGUAGCAGAUAGUGGUUCAAGCGACUACUCCUCGGAUGGCGGCGGCAAUGUGGCCGGCGGGGAAGAGACGGACUUCGGGCAUCGGUUCAGAAAUGGGUUGCGAAGGAGGGCAACACUGCACGACCUCGGUAGGACUUCGCGCAAUCCCAGACCGGACCGAUGCUUGUCUAUGAGCCAUAUCCAGCACCACGCCACAGAUCUCACAGAACUCUCGCCGUCCCAAGGGAAGCGGAAGCGUGGUUCUGGUGAUUUCAGUGUGGCGGAACAGCCGAACGGUGUAUCUACGAGAAGUCGGGGUUCCAGCAACGCCUCUUCAAGUCGAUCUUCGCCUACGUCUUCCGUACCAUCUGCGUCGCUGCCAUCUCCACCCGCCACCCGUCUUCGCACUCGAAAGGCCUCUGGCGAAGUCGACCCCAGCCCAAGCUCGUCCACGAGCAAAAAGGGCAAGGGCAAGCAUGUGGGCUUCAGUGAUAACGUCGAAGUCAGCCGCCUGCCAUCGCCUGAAGAGGACGAGAGCGAUCUGACCGACCUCACCGAGGUUGAAAGCUCGCUCAGCCAGUACAGGCCCAGUCCUCGCCGUCUCCGGAGCAAGGGUUCUGUCAGCCGACUUGGUCAUGAUAGGCGACAACCAGAUGAGGCAUCGGAGGCUAAUCGACGGGUCACGCCUAUGCGUAAGGCGAAAGGCCGGAUCGGGAACCUACAUGAGAGUACCGACGAGGAGGGUAAUGAGGAGGACGAGCUCCUAUCCAGCGAUCCUGAGGGCGACGAUGUCGAUCAGCUCGACGAAUCUCCGUCACCUAUGGCAACUCCGAAGGCAAAGCCUGCGUUGCGAGGACGCCACACUCCGGUGCGGAAUCGUCUCAGGAAUCGCCAGUUGCAGACCCACACACCACCUAGCGAUGGCGACGACGAGGAGAGCGAGGAAGAGGGAACAGUCGUUGCUGGUGAAGAAGGGGACGACGAAGGGAGCGUUGAGGGCGAAGAGGAGACCCUGCUCGAUGAGCCACGGAAGCUUCGCAGUGGCAAGGUCGUUGGAGAUGACGACAUCGAGGAGGAUACUGGUGACGAGGAAGAAGACGACGAGGAAGAGGAAGACGAGGAAGAGGAUUGCGCCACCGAAGACAGUGAGUCAACGGGGUCCACGGCGGAUGAGGUUGAUACUGUGGAUGGCGAUGACGGCGAAGAGGCGAUGGAGGAUGAUGUAGAUCUCACUGUUGCCACUGCGAAGACGUUGGUGCGGAUGCGGCGAGACGAUCUCGUCCGCUUGUGCGACGCGCGCGAGAUCGAGGCAAGCGGUACGAAGCCUCAGCUAGCUGAAGCGCUCCUUCAGUGGCGCGACCGUCACUGUAGCGAAGCAACAUCUUCUGCACCCUCUUCCACUGGCACCGCGCGUCCACCAUCUACAGCCCGAGUCCCCCGCCGACGCAGGACCCGUUCGAAGUCCGGGUCGGGAGGUCGUGCUAGUGCCACGCCCCCGGUCCUCCUGCGCUCACAGCAUGUUCACCUGGACGAGCCACGUACCCCGCCACUGUCUGUACGGCACAGGGAAAGGGAUGGUGAGGGCGAACUGGAGCUCGAUCUCGAGAGUCUUGGACUAGACGAUCGCGAGAUCCCACCGGAAAAGCUUACGAAGCUUGAGAAGAUCGGGAGCGGCGGGUUCAAGGAUGUAUUUAUUGGCAAGUUCAAGGGCCGUCGGGUUGCGAUCGCAGAGUUCAGAGGGCAGCUCAGUUCAAUGGAUAUCAAGGAAUUGAAGCUGCUAGGCGAUUUCGAUCACCCGAACAUUGUUCGCUUCCUUGGUGUUAGCAUUCCAGAGAAUACGCGGGAUACGCCGGUUAUGAUCGUCAGCGAGCUGUGCUCGAACGGCGACCUGUUCGAUUACAUCCGCAAUGUCAACCCUCCAUCCUUGUACCGAACACUCUGCAUCAUGCUGGACAUUGCUCGCGGCCUCGAGUAUCUCCACCUGCGCAAGCCAUCCGUCAUCCACCGCGACUGCAAGUCUUCGAACAUCCUCAUCACCUCUAAGGGUGUCGCCAAGAUCACGGACUUCGGUCUUGCCAAGGUGAAGGAAUCAACGCGGUCGAUGGUUCGGAGCGUGGUCGGCACGGUGAACUGGCAGGCGCCGGAGUUGUGGCACCCGCACCCCAAGUACAACCACAAGGUGGACGUGUUCUCCUGCGCAAUGGUGUACUGGGAGGUCCUACAGUGGUACAACCCGAACAAGAAGUACCCCUGGGAGGGCAUGAACGAGCAUGCGAUCUAUGAUGCUGUUGGUGCAAAGAGGCAGAGACCUUCUGUGUCCGGGCUGCGCAAGACCUGGUGCCCGGAGAUUGUAGACCUGGUCGAGCGUAUGUGGCAGCAAGAACACCAAGAGAGGCCUACGAUGUCCGAAGUCGUUCAGGAACUCGAGCGCCUUGUCAAGUUGUAUCGAUAGUCGCUUCCUUCACACGCAUACCCCCACCGCUCCUGUUCUUGUAAAAGAUCGCACAGUGCCUCUACGUGCGUUACCUCGAGCCUCCCCCAAUAACCUACUCGUCGCUGCUCUAUUACACAUCUACUCUCCGCAAUCCUGCACUUGGCAACCAUCUACAUCAAUUGGGACACAUGAUUAUGCACUAUGUUUUCUUCCCCCCGUGCGUCUCUCCGUCGUAUCCCGCCUUGCUCAGGGGGGCCGCGCGGAGGGCGCUUUGUAGUUAGGUAUGACCUUCUACUCUGUCUCGACCAUGUCCGUUUCUCUUUUUGCUCGGGUUUGUUUGUACAGCAUUGGUGUCCACCGUAUACUUAAAGCCACUCUAGGAUUUUGCCCUACGUUCCACUCAUCUACCACUGCAAUUCCCGCAUUACGGUCCAAACCC